AAAAUUUCUCUGAGUGUUCUUUUUAAUUUUUUCCUAAGGGAAAACCAAAACAGUUUUAUGCAUAUUCUUUUCGAUCUCUGAAGAAAACGAAGUCACAAUCUGAUGGCCCUUCUGAUUCUGACUCUCAGCUGGACUAUAAAAGAAAAGGAGACAUCAUUGAUGAAAACAGCUUAAAACACUCUGAGAUGAGGCCAUACGCCGUUGUUGAUUUCCGCUACGAAUAUCUUGGUAAGCAACCUCGUGGGCAUAAGCUUGUAGUGCUCAAAAGUCCCUCUGCAGUUAAAGUGACAGUGAAAGACAUCGCUCGCCCAGCCAAUCCAGUGGUAUGCUUCACCUACAUGGAGCUCCAUCCUCAUAAAACAGUGGCAAUUCUGAGAGCUGGUCAGGAUUGCAGAGACUACGAUGUUUCACUUGAAGUAGAGACUGGUGUGUUUGCUAAAAGGCCAGCUCUUGAGGCAAAAUUUAAGUACCCUAGGGUUCCUAAGCAAGUGAAUGAUAUGAUAGAUGAAAUUCUUGCAGUGCUCCCUGGAAUUGCCUCCAUGGCAGACUUCUCUCACAAAGUCCAAAAGAAUCCUUCUAAAGAAAUUUCAAUGAUUAUGGCUCUAAAACGUCCAGACGAAUGUCUCAUGGUCAUGAAAUUGCCAGAAGUGAGUUACAUAUUUUUUUAGACAACUCUCUUUUGU